UGGGUUUAUUCACUUCAUCUCAUCUGAUCGCUUGGUUUUCACUGCAGCUGAGAGGAUGCAGGUUCGAGUGCUGCUGAUCCUGAUACUCUCAUCAGUAUUAAUCACACAUGCUAAAGUGGACAACUUCACAUGUGAAACUCCAGCCGAUAUUGUGAUGCUGGUGGACGGAUCGGGGAGUAUCGGCCCUUUAAACUUCCAAACUGUGAGGAGCUUUCUGGAAAGGUUUGUCAGGUCCUUUACGGUUGGAUCAAACCAAACACGCAUUGGUUUGGUGCAGUACAGUUGGGAUCCAAGGAUCGAGUGGCAUCUGAACACACACAGCACUAAAGAGGCUGUGAUCGACGCUGUGAGGAUACUACCCUAUAAAGGAGGAGGCACACAAACAGUAGGUGCACACAAACGCACCUAA